UCUAACGCACAAAUAGAAAUAGCUGAAGUGGAAGAAGAACGUGAAUCACUCUUGAUGCAAGUCCGCUCGCAACCGAUGCGCAAGAGUGGGGAACGGUUUCAGUAUCCGCAGUGGGUGAAGUGGCAGCAAUGUCACUGGGAUAACACGUGCCUGGUUACUAAAUUAGGCCGCGUUGACUAUGUUCAGCCGGUGAGUGUGGAUCCGCGCAUGUUGGCCCAGCUGGUGAACUCGGAGGCUGGCGUUCUGCCCCAAAAUAGACCAGGCAGUAGUCAGCAAGGACCUGCCUCUUCAGGAAGAGCUGCAGCAUCGACAGAAGCAGCUCUAGGAGGUGCAGAAGGGAGCAGUGCUAGUCUAGAAGGGGCAACGCUAACUACUAGUGGAGAAGAAACCAGUGAAGAAGAGGCACUGGGAGGUGCUGGACUCGAGACUGGUACUAUGGUUGAGACUGUCAGAGAUCACACUUCUCUUUUUGAUGCGUCAUUGCCUGGGGAUUACGAGG